GUAGUCCUAGUGUUACCAGUCAGCAUGUCUGGACGUGGAAAACAGGGCGGCAAGGCGCGCGCCAAGGCCAAGACGCGCUCCUCCCGGGCCGGACUCCAGUUUCCAGUCGGCAGAGUGCACCGCCUGCUGCGCAAGGGCAACUACGCCGAGCGGGUCGGCGCCGGCGCGCCCGUCUACCUGGCGGCCGUGCUGGAGUACCUGACUGCCGAGAUCCUGGAGCUGGCGGGCAACGCGGCGCGCGACAACAAGAAGACGCGCAUCAUCCCGCGCCACCUGCAGCUGGCCAUCCGCAACGACGAGGAGCUCAACAAGCUGCUGGGCAAGGUGACCAUCGCGCAGGGCGGCGUGCUGCCCAACAUCCAGGCCGUGCUGCUGCCCAAGAAGACCGAGAGCCACCACAAGGCCAAGGAAAACAAGAAAUGAAGCUCACUGAAAUCAACACAAAAUGAAACCACACUUUUAUGGAUUAUUUGAAAUUGGGGCAUAAACUCACGCGAAAACCUGUAUUUUAUUUCAACUGUUAGUGGAAAUCCAGUCCUGUUACUCAAGAAAGCGAACAAAAGCGAUUAGACCACAGCGUGGGACCCAGGGACCAGACUGACCUGCUCUCACACAGAAGGUCAGAACCCGCCUUUUCUCUGGGGACGCCUGGCGCGGACCACCGCUGCUGUCAGCCCUGAACCGCAAAAGGAGGCUGUGCUCGAAAUCAUCGUAAGUAAAAUGCAGCCUUAUGCCCUGAUGCAGCGCAAAAGCAACGUCCUUGUAAUCCGUGGAAUCUGCGUCUGUGGAAAUCAAGUGAAACGAGUACCUGAAUGAGCCCCUGACCCACUGGCUAGGCCUUUGCAGCCUGAAGAGCAAAUACCGACCUGAUUUAUUUCACAUAAAGUCUUUGUGCCAUUCCUUUAGGACAGUUAACAAAAUGUAAAGUUGAAAAUAAUGUACCAUGCCUCAAAAAUGUAAAUGUUUCUAAUAUGUAGUUUACUGUUACGGGAACCGUCAGGAAGACAAGCCUAGCUCAGAAGGGCGUGUGGGAUUAUCACGACUGCGUCUACGCGGAAGGGAAGGGAGACAGAUCAGUGACCCCAUCAUUUGCCAACAAAUUAUCUUGAGCUGAAGGCAGUUGAGAAGGUGCAAUUGCCAGAGAAGCUCUCCUUUCCCUCUCCUUUUUCUGCCGCAAGUCAGAGAUGAAUCCUGGAGACCAGGGACUCUUACUGGCGACUCUUACCAGAGCCGCGGGCAGGAGGGGCACUGCAGACAUCACUGACUCUCAGCUGCUCCCUUCCCUCCUGCACCUUUUGCAUCUUACCUCCCCAGCUUGCCACCCUUCAAAGCCUCAAACUGCUGCUCCCUUUGUCUUGUUAUUGCUUUACAAAUCUGCACUGUUGUGUGAAGAUGCUGCCUGAACUGAAGCGCAGGCCCUGGCCAGUUUGCUCAGUGGGUUAGAGCCUCCUCCCAAUAGGCCAAGCUGGCCUGGGCACAUACAAGAAUCAGCCAAAGACUACAUAAAUAAGUGGUAUGACAACUCUCUCUCUCUCUACCCCACUCCACCCCCAAUAAGUUAAUUAAUUAAUUAAUUAAACUGAAGAGCUAAGGCACCUGUAUGAAUUACUUUCCUGCGUCUCUAUGUACAUGAA